AUGAGCGUCGGCGGAAUGAUCCUCGAGGCCACGACCGGUGAUGACCAUCAUCGACAGGGUGCCCUCCAAGCGUACCUCGAGGUCGUUGAGGAGGCGGACGAGCCGACGCAGGUCGACGCCGAGGGUGCGGAUCAGCAGCCGAAGAAGAAGGUCUCCAACAAGGACCGCAAAAACGCUCUUGAGGAGUACGUGUACAUCAUGCGCGGUCGUUUCAAUGAGCGCUAUGUCGCCUACGUCAAGGCGCAGGAGAAGGAGGCGCUCCUCAAGGCAUCGGCUCCACAGGAUGCCGCGGACUGGCUCUACAGCGAGGAGGGUGAGGACGCGACCAAGUCCGCGCACGUCGAGCGACGCGGCGCGCUCAAGGAGCUCGGGGGCCCGAUCACGAGCCGGUACAAGGAGGCGAAGCAGCGGUCGAUGGUGGUAAGCCAGCUGCGCGAGACGAUCAACCGGUACAUGUCCGAGGCGACGUCCUCGGACAAGAAGGACACGCACAUCGACGACAAGGACAGGCAAGCCGCAGUCGAGACGCCUUGCGCGACGAUCCAGCAGUGGCUCGAGGACCAGAUCGCGCGCCAGUCCGAGCGCCCCAAGGGCGUCGACCCCGUCCUCACCGCCGCGGACGUCCUCAAGAAGAAGGACAACAUCAUCUACUUCGCGAUGCCGAUCCUUACGCGGCCUAAGCCCAACUUGCCGCCAAAGACGGAGACCCCCUCGGGCACUGAGACGCCGAAGAGCGGUACAGAGACUCCGAAUGCUCAGCAGCCUCCACAGGAGGGCGAGGCUCCGAAGGAGUCGCAGGGACCCUCUGAGAUGGACUUCGACUAGACUUUCUUCUGCUUUCACGACACAAAAUCAACGAGCUCAUGAUGUAGGUUGGGGGACGUGCGCAGUAUCAUAGCUAAUAAUGUGUUGAUGUAGGCAUACUACAAUAUUCGCAGUCUCUAGUACUAUUGAAUCC